AUGGCAUCGUACAUCGAACAGGAGCCUUACAUCGUGCAGCCUGUGCUGUCUGAUCUGUAUUCAAGCCGCGACCUUCUUGACUUUGACUCGCCAGCUCUCAUCUCGCCUGAGCCCGUACAGCAAGCUACCGCCUCGCUCUUCUCUUCCGUUUCCCAGUUUGCAGCUGGGGUGACUCAAAGAGCAGCCGGGGUGUCUCCUGGUACGGCGUCACCCCCACCAACCUCACCAACACGGUCACACACGUCUCCGCCUCUGCCGGCGGGCCCGGUGCCGACCUCGCCCGAUGAGCACGAGGUGCGCUGCGUAGAGGGCUAUGCGAACAACAUGUAUGUUGGCGGAUCCGACGGUGUCAUCGAGUGGUGGAUAUAUGAUGGCAACGCUGGUACAAGCGAGAAUCGAGGGUGGAAGCUGCAGACCAAGCACAAGGUCUUCCCUGCGCGUCCUAUCAGCAAGAUCGUCUUACUGCCCAAGGUCGGGCGGUGCUUUGUUCUUUCAGACGGCACACUGCACCCUCUAUCGCUCCCCAACCUCGAACCUGUACCCAGCAGUCAGAUCCCGCCCAUCCGCGGCGUCGUAUCGGUGGCACUCAACGACGAUGAGCUCGACCUAGGGCUGGAAACCGACAACGUCACAGAUAUGACGAUAGUGGUUGUCAAGCGCAAGGGUCUUGUUAUCUACAGGCUUGGGACGCGCAUGACCUCAGUAAAGGAAAUCCCCCUCCCUUCGCCACCGACCAGUCAUGCGCUGUUCUCGACUUACUUUUGCGCUGCGCUACCAACAGACUUUGGGUUGGCAUACUGUGUGAUUGACCUGUCGGACGCGUCCAUGACGGAGGUCUUGCCCGUGUCGCAGAUUGGUGACGCGGGCGACUUUGUGCCCAACCCCAACACCGUCGUCAUUCCCGGCGAGAACCAGUUCCUCGUCACCAGCUACACUGGCCAGAACACCAUGGGUGUCUUCCUCAGUGGCCAGGGUGACCCCGAGCGUGGAACUAUGGAAUGGAGCGAGCAUCCGUUGUCAAUUGCUGUGGAGUCGGGUUACAUCAUCGCCCUGUUGCGCAACAACACUAUAACGAUCCAUUCGAUAAACGAGCUGGACCAUCCUGUGCAGACUAUUUCUCUGGAGCCAACGCUCGGCACAUUCCAGCUCAGCUAUUCUCCCUAUGGUGUCGCGAUUCGAGACUUUAUCCGAGAUGAGCGAAUGGCGACUGCAUCGUUCACGCUCCUCAGUGGAAAGCUCUCGCCCAUCAAACCCGUUCUGGCCCUGCCAUCGCCGGAGAGCAAGUCUGACACUGAGCUGGGUCCAGACGCGGACACUGCUGAAACGCGAUCCGAAUCACCCAAUGAGGAGCCUCUCCCCGGUUCUGGUCUAACCCCACCGUCGUCGCCAAAGUUCAAGAGGCAGCCUGUAAAGGUAUCGUCUGAACCAUCGCUUCUCACAAUGAGCUCUGGUCCUCGCGAUGUGCCGACCUCGUCGACCAUUGCCGAGACUCUUCUUAUCGGGCGCCAUAGUGUGCAGGGCCUGACACCCACACCACCAAUCCUUCGAUUGGAGCAGCUGUGCGCUGAACGCAAGAUGGACGAGGCCAUUGCUCUUGUCGAUGAGGAGCGACGAAAGGGACGACGGGGAGAGAUUGAGGGCGAUAAAGCCACUCACUCUGCCACACUUCGGCUUCUCCAUCUCUACCUCGCCUCCAAUCUCAUGCUGGAGACGGUGUUUGAGCGAGCGGGAGACUACUUUUCCAAGGGGAAAAUUGACGCACGCCUUGUUGUUCGUCUGUUCCCAGAAUACCGCGGGAAGGUUAUUGGAACGGCCGAGGAGGUGACAGUUAUGGACGGCCUGAGGCCCAUUCUGGCCAAGACGGGGACGGUGGACGAGAUCAUCACCGAUUUUCUUGAACGGAACGCCACCAGCCAUGAAGACUCGGAGAAGAACGACCUUCGCCUCGCUCUCUACGACAGUGCCAAGAGUAUGCUUACCGAAUUCCUCCGCAAGACGCGCACGUCUCGCCGUAAGGGCCAUGGCUCGCGAGGCGCCGACUCGGCCAAGAUUGACAUUGUCAUUGACAACACGUUUGCCAAGUUGCUUGCGGACGAGGGCCAGACGACCGAGCUCCUGAAGCUGCUUGAAUCCAAGAAUGACGUUGUCCUCUCGGAGCUUGAGCCCUUCCUUGCAAACAGGAAGUAUGUUCUCAGCAGGGUCAUGAAGCAGCAAGGCCGCACAGACCGUGUCUUGGAGCUUCUCAAGGAAAUUGCCGAGGAACCCACCCCUAACCGCCUCUGCGCUGACCCAGUCGGUGAGCUGGUCAAGGAGCUUGAGAAUGUCCAAGACCCAGAGCAGCUGCGUCAGUAUGCUCUGUGGCUAGUGAAGCGCGAUCCAGAACAGUGUCUGAACCUGUUGAUCACGAAAGCUGCCAAGGUCAAAGUCGACGACGCCCAGCUGUUCCAAGACUUGCAGGCCCUCGACAAUGAUGUUGCCCACCGUUAUCUCGAGCAUGUGGUCAUUGGCAAGCGGUCGCCCAACCGCGAAUUGAACGAGGCUUUACUGUCGCGACUGCUGGAGCAGGCUGCCGAGAUGGUGCACGACGACGGUAUCAAGUAUCAUCUUGAGGAACUGGAUGCCGAGUACCGCCUCUUGAAGGAGCCACAAGGCUACCCAGUCUUCUUCGCCGACAUAGCGCCUGCCACGCCGUUCAAGACGUUGCGCCUCAAGCUAAUGCUGUUCUUACAAGGGAGCCAGCAUUACGACCUUGACCAGGCGUCCAGCCGACUGGAGCAGCUUUUGAAAGCGCUGGUAAUGGAGCGCGUUAUCGUUUUCGGCCGUCUCGGACGUGACAGGGCGGCAUUGGCUCUGCUUGUCCGCGACCUGCCCGACUCUGUCUCGGCCCAAAACUACUGCACCCAAGGAGGCGAGGUCGUGCCGCCCAAGGUCGCUCGUGAGAUUGUCACCCACGCUCCUGAGCUCGUCACUUGGGCUGCCAUGGGAGAGGGCCGUAAACGUCGGGGCACGGUCGACUCGGACACUCAGCACAAGCUCGUGCGAGAGCUUCUCGGCGCGUACAUGCGCGACGGAGGCAACACGACGCGCACGGCCGAGCUGCUGUCAGCACAGGGCAUCCACCUGGACGUCAAGGAGGUGCUGAAGAAGGCACCGAACGACUGGCCCCUCGACGUCGUGACGACCUUCUACCAGCGGAGUGUGAGGAGGCAGCUUCACGAGCGGUCAAAGUGGCAGAUUCUCAAGGCCAUCUCGGCCGGACAAAACUUGGAGACUUCGGAACGAUACCUCGAUGCCAUGGCGCGCAUCCCGCCCACCAUUGUGGAUACGCCUCCCGAGGGCGACGAAAAGGUGCAGGAGGAGAAGCUCGAGGGUCUGAGCGACAACGAAAAGAGCCCCACGGAGGAGCCCGAGGAGAUGGGAUACGAGGUCCAGAGCAAGGAGGUCGAGCUGCAAGACAUGCCGUCUGUCCGUCACGGUGCCAACACCACAUACUAG